CCGAGAAUACAUCUUCUCAGAGCCAACAUCAUCGCUGUUUCUGGAACUAAAGUUCUUACGCACACGAGAUACAUUUUGUUCUCAGUGACUUCACUGCAAAGCUCAAACAAAGUCUGAGAUAUUAUUCUUUAGACUUAAGAUCACGCUUUCGUGAAAGAUACUCAAACAAUAAGGUAUUGAGAAAAUCCGCUUCUUCCACAUACGCUGACGAGAGAAAGAAUACUCUUCUGCUCUAAAUCGUAUUAUUCCCGUUUGGAAAGUUAUCCACCAUAGUCUCCGGAACCUCGCUGCAUGUACUUCCUUUUGUUGACCUUGGUGAUUCUACUGAUUUUAUAUAUUUGCAUCUUCGCCAGCAUUCCAUACACGUUGCUUGACUCUCUAUUUAGCUCCGACAGGUUGACGUUCGCCAAAGCGCUCUCAAGCAACCACAAGUAUCUUGGAUUCGGCACUGCCCUUCUCGUUGUUGUCAUCAGUGCCAUUUCAUUCCAACCCAACAAAUUAUCGCUGCUCUCAAAACGAUUACUCUCGCUAAUGGCCGACUACAAACCAACAUUGAUGAACCGCAAAUGGCUUCCUGGUCUGGCUCGACAACAGAGAUCGACCAGAGAAUCACGGCUUGCUUAUAAAACCGGCGGCGAAAUAGGUGGUUUAAGCAAUGAAGGAAACACCUGUUUCAUGAACUCUGUGCUCCAGUCCUUGGCUUCGUCGAGAUCCCUCCUUAAAUUCUUCGGCGAUAACAUUUACGACGAUAGAAAGGUGCAUGCUGACGGUGAAGUCACAAAGAUGAGAACUGGCAAUUUGAGCUCGCACAUGAAAUUCACGGCAGCACUCAAAUGUUUACUUGAUGAUCUUAAUGGCGCUUAUGGUUCUCGCGGCAAGGAGUUUAGCACGCGUAUGCUCUUGAAAAGAAUGCCCGACGGGCCCAAGCAAAACUUUUUUCUGGGGUAUAAUCAAGAGGAUGCCCAAGAAUUCUACCAGCUGGUGAUGCGCAUUGUGGAGAAGGAAUACAAAAAUACCUCCCUGAGUCAGCCUUCCUCACCGGGGCCCGAAACCAAAGAUGAUGUUUCAAAGUUUGUUCGCUCUGCAGACAUCCCAAAUCAUAUAUCUGGCUGUGAGCGUCUCGGUGAAUUGGGACCAGUGUACGUUCCUGCCCAUCAAAUUGACCCAAACGUGCCCAACAGUGAGGACCGCCUAGCCCCAUUGGAAUUGGUCACGCCUGUCGAUGGUGUCACCGCCGAAAGGAUUGGAUGCAUAACAUGUGGUGAAAUUGGCGGAAUCAGGUACUCUGUCAAUAGUGGAUUGAGUUUGAACUUGCCUUACGACAGAUCAUACGGUACACACUAUGAGCUUAUCCAAUUAUUGAACGAGUGGAAGAAGCCAGAACUCAUCGAUGAUGUUAACUGUAAUAGGUGCGGCUUGAUUCAGACAAGAGAGUUUUUACAGGAAAGCAUCGAGACAUCGAAUAACGAAAAAUUGACUUCCCACUUCUCAAAGCGCAUAGACGAGAUCAAUCAAGAGCUCGAAAAAGACUACAUCUCAGACGAAGUCUUCGAGAAAUUGACCACGAAGCAGAUGAUUCGGAAAACGACCAAGUCAAAACAAAUUUUGAUGAGCAGACCUCCCCCGUUGCUUUGCAUACACAUCAACAGAUCCGUUAUAGACCCCAACACCUUCAUGAUAAUGAAAAAUGGAAAGAGUGUGUCGUUUCCGGCCGUUUUAGACUUGAACAACUACGUCGCAGACCCAAGCUCGAUCAAUAUGGACGCAAGACUACCCUUCAGCAAACGGGAUCAAUUCAAGACUGAAGCGGCAAAUGAUGUGGCAAAUGACGAGGCCUUCACAUCACUCGACGAUGGGGAGCUCAACAACGAGGCAUCAAGCGAUUUGAAUGUGGCCGACUCGCCUGCGGAGACAUACCAGUCUCCUCCAAUAGAAAACGAAGACUUGAAAUAUCGUCUCAAGGCAGUGAUUUCACACAUGGGCACCCACAAUUAUGGCCACUAUAUUUGUUACAGACGUUGGCGUGGUAUCUGGUGGAAAGCUAAUGAUGAGGCCAUUUACACAACCACCGAAGCGGAGGUACUUUCGUCUCCGGGCACGUUUAUGCUAUUUUAUGAGUUGAAAGAUUCUGCCGAUGAAGACCAAAAAGAGUUUAUGGAUGAAGAGGCGGAUGAAAAGAAUGACUCCGCUACUCUGAACAACGCAAGCCCUGAUGUUUUCUCUCUGCUGAGCCUGGAGAAUGAAGAAGAAGAAGAUCUGAGAGAUUGCACCAAUUCCAACCCCUCUAUUUGGGGAGAUCACCGAAGUGAUUCUGAGGAGGAGCGCAGAGAGUUGUUUCCUGAUUCGGAGUUUAAUCCAGGUGAAGAGCGUGCCUAUCAGUUCUAAUGCUGAAUAAUCAAUGGAUUAUACAAGUGUGAAAUCGAGAUACUCCAACCUAUCUUCAUAUUCGAAUAGUCCUCUGCAAGUAUUUCGUUAGUUGCGUAACAUGAACUGACGAGAAACCAAGACAUAGGACUUCAGUAGUAGCUUUAGUACAUAUGCAAGUAAAUAGAAAACACCAUGCUAUUCAG